ACCAGCAUCUUCAGAGACUGCAAACCAUACAUGUAGAAGUAGAACCAGACACAACUGUGCGAGCUCGACAAACAUGAUGUCGAUCCUAUUUGUGAAGCUGGAGCUGCCGCUGCUGUUGCUUCUAUGCCCGUUUCUUCCUCUGCUUGUGACGUUGGCGGCCUCAGAAGAUGCUGAUUUUACCUUUAAUGGCUUCCAAGGUUCCAAUAUUAGCGUGGACGGUCUAGCAGAGAUUACACCCGACGGCCUCUUGAAGCUAACCCCCCAAUCUAGACAAGUGAUGGGCCAUGCCUUCUAUCCCUUCCCGCUCCGCUUCAAGAACACAUCGGACGGUACCAUUCUUACUUUCUCUACCACUUUCGUUUUCGGUAUACACUCUCCGUUCCCAAAUGUAAGCGGUAAUGGGAUUGCUUUCGUUAUCACACCUUCAAGAAACUUAUCAGGAGCUCUACCCAAUCAAUAUCUAGGCCUCUUCAACGAAUCCACCAACGGUAAUCCGUCUAAUCAUAUUGUCGUGGUUGAGCUCGACACUGUCAAGAACGAAGCUGUAUCUGAUAUCGAUAACAACCAUGUUGGUAUCGACAUUAACGACAUAAAGUCUGUCGUUUCCCUUCCGGCGUCUUAUUUUACCCCUCAAAAUGGUGGGUAUAAGAACUUAAGCCUCGUAAGUGGGAAAGCAAUGCAAGUGUGGAUCGAAUACAAUGGAUUACAGAGGCAAAUGAAUGUAACGAUAGCUCCGAUUGAUGUCCCUAAACCAGAUAAACCACUCUUGUCGUUGAGUUACAAUCUCUCUUCAGUCAUGGAAGACCUCAUGUACGUUGGCUUCUCCUCAUCGACGGGCACCUUUUCUACAUCCCAUUACGUGUUGGGAUGGAGCUUUAAGGUGAACGGGCCUGCUAAAAAUCUCACCAUCUCCCAACUUCCAAAGUUACCUCGAGUAGGACCCAAAGAGCACCCCAAAAUUUUGACGGUGGGAUUGCCAAUUAUCACUCUGGUUUUAGCUUCCACGGUGGUCUUCAUUGUCUUUUUCAUUGUGAGAACGAAGAGAAAGUUCGCUGAAUUAGUUGAAGAUUGGGAAUUAGACUAUGGGCCUCAAAGGUUCAAGUACAAAGAUCUUUAUAUCGCCACCAAGGGAUUUAGGGACAGGGAGCUUCUGGGUAUCGGCGGAUUCGGUAGGGUCUAUAGAGGUGUGCUACCCACCUCAAAAAUGGAAGUUGCAGUGAAGAGAGUCUCUCAUGAAUCUAGACAAGGAGUUAGAGAAUUCGUUGCGGAGAUUGUUAGCAUGGGUCGGCUGCGUCACAGGAACUUGGUACAGCUCUUGGGCUAUUGCCGGCGUAAAGGAGAGCUCUUACUGGUGUACGAUUAUAUGCCAAAUGGAAGUCUAGACAAGUUGCUCUUCAACCAACCAGGUCCAGAAACCACACUGAAUUGGGGUCAAAGAUUUCGAAUCAUCAAAGGAGUAGCGUCCGCGUUAUUUUAUCUGCACCAAGGAUGGGAGCAGGUGGUUGUUCACAGAGAUGUCAAGUCCAGCAAUGUGUUGUUAGACAAUGAAUUUAAUGGAAGGUUGGGAGAUUUUGGGCUGGCAAGACUAUACGAUCGUGGAACCGAUCCCAAAACUACCCGUGUGAUAGGGACGCUAGGUUACCUUGCACCAGAGAUUACUAAAACCAGCAAGGCAUCACCGAGUACAGAUGUUUUCAGUUUCGGGGCUUUUAUGCUUGAAGUGGCUUGUGGGAGAAGGCCGAUCGAUCCACGAGCACCAGAGGAGGAUGAAAUUUUAGUGGAUUGGGUAUUCUCAUGUUGGAGUAGAGGGAAUAUUCUUGAGACGGUGGAUCCCAAUCUGGGUAGUGAUUUUGUAGGUGAGGAAAUGGAGUUGGUAUUGAAACUCGGUUUGCUAUGCAGUCAUUCCAUUCCAAGUGACAGGCCGACGAUGCGGCAUGUAGUGAGGUAUUUGGCCGGGGAUGCCCUUCUACCAGACUCAUCUUUGCAUGAGCUCACUGCAAGUGGUCUUCCAUUUGCACACGGUGAAGGCUUCAGCAACUAUGCCUCCUCCUAUCUGUCUUACUCCCUAGAAAAGACAUCCACCACUCAAGUAUCGUUAAUUGAAGACUGCCUUCUCUCUACCGGCCGUUAAAUUUAAUUUCUUGCAUAUAUUGAUCUGUAAGUUGAGUGAUAAUUAAACUGAUAACAUUGUCUGAUCAUUGAGGAAUUAAUGUAAGCAUCUGAUCAAUAAAAGCAUUUCUCAUUAAUUGUUCCA